UUAUAAUUCAUUUGAUCUGAUAACCGAAAAUUAAUAAGUUUGUGUUGAUGGUUAAAAAUAGUGUAUAAAUAGCACAAUCCACUAAUAAAAGAUGUGCGAAGUGAAAAGAUGUGUGAAUAACAUCACGCAAACCGAAAACCCAAAGACUAAACGGAAGAACAGGAAGGGUUUUGGGGGCGUUUCCAUCCAAUUCAAAAUUUGAAAUUCAUCGUCUAUCUAUUAUUGACAUGGGAUCGCUCUCCAAAUUGAAGGCCCUCGCCCUCCGAUUGGGUUAUUCUCAAUCUUCCAGUUCCAGUAGAGUUGCUUCCACAUUUAAACGAUUUGUCUCUGGAGAUCCGAAACCCUCACAUUUUCCUCUUCAACAUCAGCUGCUACUCUGCAGACAUUUCACCUCAGAAACUUCAGAAAACCACAACGAUUUCACAGUCAAUUACCUCAUAAGCUCAUGUGGGUUGUCCCCAGAAGAUGCAAUUUCAGCCUCCAAGAGGGUCAAGCUGCGUUCUCCAGAAAGACCAGACUACGUUUUGUCCUUUCUCAGAAACCAUGGAUUCUCUGCAACCCAGAUCUCGAAGAUGGUCAGGUCAUUCCCAAGACUUUCCAAUUGCAUCCUGAGAGGACCAUUUUGCCAAAGCUUGAGUUUUUCACUUCUCUUGGAGUUUCAAAGGAGGACGUUGCAAAAACUGUGGCGUAUCAACCGAAGCUUUUGACUGCGAGCUUGAACAACCGGAUUCUACCCACUUAUGAUUUCCUUCGGAGUUUGAUUUCUAAGAAAAAUGUCGCUUCUGUUUUCAAGCAUGGCUCGCGGAUUUUCAAGGAAGGCCACUCCAAGAAUGUUGCCCCAAAUAUUGAGAUUUUGAGAGAAUCAGGUAUGCCCUAUUCCUGCAUUUCUCUGUUGCUUGCUCAUCACCCAAAAGCUUUAAUGGUAAAGCCUGAAGAGAUUGGUAAAGUUGUGGACGAGGUUAAGCAAAUGGGUUUUAAUCUGCAAAAAUCAACUUCGGUGCCGGCAAUAAAAGCAUUGUGUGGUAGCAGGUUUGCAUGUAAUCGAAAUCGCCAAGUUUAUAAGAGGUGGGGAUGGUCUGAGGAUGAUCUAGUCUCUGCUUUCAGGAGGCACCCGAUAUGUAUGAUUGUGUCGGAGAAGAAACUAAUGCUAGCAAUGGAAUUUUUAGUGAAUAAGAUGGGGUGGCCGUCGGUAAUGAUUGCCAAAUCCCCAGAGGUCAUGUGUUACAGUUUGGAGAAGAGAUUCAUCCCCCGCUGCUUGGUUGUUAAAGUUUUGUUGCUGAAGGGAUUGAUAAAGGGGAUUGAAAACGUGAGUUUGAGUUCUGUGGUGGUGCCUGUAGAGAAGUUGUUCUUGGAGAGGUAUGUGGCCAGAUAUAUCGAUCAAGUACCUCAGUUAUUGAGUGUGUAUCGAGGAAAAGUUGAAGUCCGGGAUGUAUGAUGUUCGUAGGUCAAACAAGUUCAGAUGCAGCGCUGCUUGGUUGUUAAAGUUUUGUUGCUGAAAGGAUUGAUAAAGGGGAUUGAAAACGUGAGUUUGAGUUCUGUAUUGGUGCCGUCAGAGAAGCGCUUCUUGGAGAGUUAUGUGACCAGAUAUGUCGAUCAAGUACCUCAGUUAUUGAGUGUGUAUCAAGGAAAAGUUGAAGUCCGGGAUGUAUGAUGUUCGUAGGCCAAACGAGUUCAGAUGUUGUAAAAAUUUUAGACGCCUCGAUGCAGAUGGCAGAUGCAGCGCUGCUCAUUGUCGUUGGUAGCAGCUAACCUUUGGCUAAGUAUUAAAGAGAUCCAAUUGCUUAUUUACAUUGGAUUCACACAGAAACGUAGACUUGCAAGGAUGCAAUGUCUAUACAAUUAAGACAUAUGAUACAUAAAGAAAAACGUAGACUUGAAAGGAUGCAAGUGUAAGGUGAUGAAUUACAGGUAAAGGGGAUAGAGGAUUUACUAAGAGCUAUUUUAACAACUGAAUUAGUUGGAUGACCCAACUUACAGUGCCACAAAGUAGAAGAAACUUUUUGACCUAAGUAUGCUGCUGGAGAAUGAGGUGAAGGUUUGAACACUGGAAUAGGGUAAACUGCAUUGUUACUCAGCCCUUGAAAUAGAAUCUUUUGGGUGACCUUGUCCUGCACACAAAUAGAAGAAUCAUCAAUGAUACAUCUGCAAUGAUUAUCACGACACAACUGAUUCAUUAAGAGCAGAUGUUGUGACAACUGAGGAACAUGAAGUACUGAAUUUAAUCGAAAAGUAUGAGACUUAGUAUGAAGAUUAGAUCUGCCAAUAUGUGCAAUAGGUAAACCUUCACCAUUGGCACCAGUAACAGUAUUUGUAGAAGGAUAAGGCGCAGCCAUCUGAAGAUUAGAAAGAUCAGAUGUCAUAUGAUCGGCAGCCCCAGAAUCAAGCAACCAAAACUCUUGUUGUGGAGCUGAAGAUGGUCCAGUAGUUCUAGCGUUCAGUGCAACUGGGGAGAAUGAUUGAGGAGCACCACCGAAUGAAUGAUAUUGUUGAGGUGAAAAGGCAGUAUGAGGUGGAUAUGGAGAUGAGAUAACAAGGGAUGGAACAAACUGAGAACCAGAAGCCUGUGAGAUUGAAUAUCCUUGAGGAUGUGGCUGAUACCCUCGUGAAGGAAUGAAAGACUGAAAAUUGAAAUUGUUUAUGUCAAAACAUGUAGCAGCAGUAUGUCCAACAUGAUGACAGAUUUGACAUCCAUUUUGAUAACAAUUCAAAGCAGAAUGCCCUUUCUUGUCACAAAUUUGGCAUUUCUGAAAAGGUUGAUAAGCCUGAGGUGAUGACAUUUGUUGUCCUGAAGGCUGAACACCAGAUUGAAAUCGUUGAGGAUAUGACGGACCUCCCGAGAAUUGAGAUUGAGAAGGUUGAGAUCCGGAAAAAAAACUUCUUGUAUUUGCCUUUGUUCUUCCAAUUGUUUCCUUGGAAAUUGUUGUAAGACCCUGAACCAGUUUGAGACACAAAAGCAAUGGUCCAGACACAGGCAGUUGGGAGAAUUGAUUUGGAAAAGGCAUUUGUUGAAGUGACUGUGAUUCAUGAAACUGUGAAGAACCAGAAAAAACUACCCAUAUGUGUGCCAGAUUUGGAAGAUUGAGCUAGCAUUGUAGACAUCAAAGGAACUUGCUUUGAAACUUCUUGCAAAGUGGACUCCAAGGACAUAAGAGUUUCACGACCACGAAUCACAGACUUGAUGGUGUUAUACUCAAAAGGUAGGUCUCGAAGAGCCGCAAUCACAAUAUCCUCAUCAGAUAUGAAAACCCCAACAAUAGGAAGUUGAUCUCUGGUAUCAUUAAUUCUUUGAAGAUACUCAUCAAUUGAUUCAGACCCUUUCUGUAUAUGUUGCAAAUCAAUUUUCAUUUGAAUUAUACUAGUCCUGGUCAUGUACGCAAA